AUGCAGCUCCACGCGGCCGACAUUCACAGCCGAGCGCAGACCUUCACCUCCACCCGGCCCUCCGUGCUCUGUGCUCUCUCCCUCAUUCACUCUCUCGCCGAGCGCAAGCAGCAACAGCCCCGCUCCUCCCUGCUCUCUCUCUCUCGCGUUUCCCUCCACCGGCGGCACAGAGUAGGCAGCUCCACGGCAGUCGCCCCCCGCCGACCACCUGCCCGCCUCCCAGCCCAAAACUCAGCUCAGGUCCACCAUGGAAGCAGCGUUGGAGUUCCACUAUCCGCUCGGCAGUUCCUCGUUCCACCCCUCGGCCCACAGCUCGUGCGCGCGCCAUCUUCUUCCUCGCGGCCGGCCGCCCGAGCCCCCCCGCCCCCCUCCGUCGACCGCCCAACUCCGGCCGUUCCCCGUCCAAGCCGACCCUGCCACGAGGUCGCCCGCGAUCUGGUGAGCGUCAUGCGCCCCUCCCCUUCCUCCUUCUCUCGCCGUAGAGCGCCGCCGCCGGCCAUGCUCCCGCCGCCACAUGUCGCCUCAUCCACUCCAAACGGACUCCUCGUCGCGCUAUGGUGCUUGUGGUUCCCACCGCCGGCCAAGCCGCUGCCCCGCUCGCCGCCGGCGAGCUCUCAAAUUCUGGCCGCCGCCGCCCUCUGUCCCCCACCCCCCGCGUCAAUUUUGACCGGGUCAACGUGGGUCCAGGCCCCACCUCCAUCUCAGGGGCUAGAUAGAUCUGAGUAG